AUAGGAUUGGUUGACGUCACGUGUAUCGUAUCAACAAGUGGUUAAGGAAUUUUGAAAAGCCGAUUUUGAAAAACAAGUUGCGUUAAUAGUAAAUUGUGAAUUUUAUAGAAGAAAAUGGAUAAGAAUGUUUUAGUGAUAGGAAGCGGUGGAAGAGAACAUGCGAUAGUUUGGAAACUUUCUCAAAGCCCAUCUGUUAAACGUAUUUAUGUAGCUCCUGGAAGUUUUGCAAUUGGACAAAUUUCUAAAGCACAAAUUGUACCGCUGGAUAUAACAGAUUUUGAGACUGUCGCUACAUUCUCCAAAGAAAACGACAUAUCUUUAGUGGUAGUUGGUCCAGAAGAUCCUCUGGCAAAUGGUAUAGCUGAUCUACUAAUAUCGAAGGGCAUUAAAGUGUUCGGCCCUCAAAAAAAUGCUGCCCAGAUCGAAUCUAACAAAGAUUGGGCGAAAGCCUUCAUGUACAGACAUGACAUACCCACAGCUUUCGGGAAGUCAUUUACUAAUGCCGAAACAGCAAAAGAAUAUAUUCUUGAUGCAUGUUACCCAGCACUGGUUGUUAAGGCGAGCGGUCUUGCUGCAGGCAAAGGAGUAGUUGUUGCAGCCGAUGAAACAAGUGCUUGUUAUGCAGUUGAAAACAUGUUAAUGCAUAAAAAAUUUGGAGCAGCAGGAGAAACUGUUAUUGUAGAAGAAUUAUUGGAAGGAGAGGAAGUGUCAGUGCUUGCCUUUUGUGAUGGGAAAUCAAUCAAGGCCAUGUUACCAGCUCAAGAUCAUAAAAGAAUAUUUGAUAAUGAUAAGGGCGAGAAUACAGGUGGCAUGGGCGCAUAUUGUCCUUGCCCUCUAAUAUCCGAGGAACAGUUAAAAUAUAUUCAGAAAGCAGUUUUAGAAAGAGCUCUCAGUGGUUUUUGUAAAGAGGGCAUUGAUUAUACAGGUGUACUCUAUGCUGGGAUGAUGCUUACACCUGACGGUCCCAAAGUGUUAGAGUUCAACUGUCGUUUCGGGGACCCAGAAACAGAGGUCAUUCUACCACUUCUAGAGUCUGAUUUGUACGAAAUAAUGGUAUCUUGUUGUGACAAAACACUUGAAUCUCAAAACCUCGUUUGGAAGAAAGAUUUAACUGCAGUAGGUGUUGUUAUGGCAUCUAGGGGAUACCCAGAAACUUCCAGUAAAGGCCAAGUUAUUAAAGGAAUUGAUGCAGUUAAUGUGAAACCUAAUAACUAUGUAUUCCAUUGUGGAACUGCCAUGAAAGAUGGUAACUUUGUGACAAAUGGUGGAAGGGUAUUGAUUGCUGUUUCAUUGGCACCUCAAUUAAUUGACGCUGCCAUAAAUGCUACCAAGGCUUGUGAAAUUAUUCGAUUUGAUGGCGAACAGCAUAGGAAAGACAUUGCUCAUAAAGGAAUAGGAAGAGCCAUUCUAAAAUCUGGGCAACUAACAUAUAAGCAAAGUGGUGUUGAUAUCUCUGCCGGAAAUGAAUUAGUUGAUCACAUCAAGCCCUCUGCAAAAUUAACAGAUAGAUCUGGUGUUAUGGGUGCUCUGGGUGGAUUUGGCGGUUUAUUCGACACAAAGACAGCUGGAUACAGAGAUCCCCUGCUUGUUUCUGGCACUGAUGGUGUAGGAACAAAAUUAAAGAUUGCUCAAGAAAUGGAGUUGCAUAGUACAAUAGGAAUUGACUUAGUAGCUAUGUGUGUCAAUGAUAUUCUAGCCCAUGGUGCUGAACCGUUGUUUUUCUUAGAUUAUUUUGCUUGUGGAGCCCUAGAUAUUAAAACCGCGAAACAAGUGAUUAGUGGAAUUGCGGAAGGUUGUACACAAGCGAGAUGUUCAUUAAUAGGUGGAGAAACUGCAGAAAUGCCAGAUAUGUAUCAAAAAGGAGAAUAUGAUCUUGCAGGAUUUGCAGUAGGUGCAGUAGAAAGAUCACAACUAAUGCCUCACAUUGAGGAUAUUGAAGAGGGUGAUGUUGUCAUAGGUAUUCCAUCAUCGGGAGUACAUAGUAAUGGCUUUAGCUUAGUUCGAAAAGUUAUGAAGUUAGCUGGAGUAAGCUACAAGGACGUAGCUCCAUUUAGUAGAGACGGAAGUACUUUUGGUGAGGAAUUUUUAACGCCAACUAAAAUAUAUGUAAAAUCAGUUUUGCCUGCUAUCAAAACCGGCAAUGUUAAGGCUUUUGCUCAUAUUACUGGAGGAGGUUUAGUUGAAAAUAUUCCUAGAGUUUUACCUAAAAAUUUGGCCGUUGAAAUCGACGCCACAAAAUGGAUUAUACCGAAAGUAUUUCCUUGGUUAGCCGCUGUAGGAGGUAUAAAUGAAUCCGAAAUGUUAAGGACAUUUAAUUGUGGUAUAGGUGGUAUUUUAAUAACUAACCCUCAACAUAGUUUUGCAAUAUCUACUCACUUUAAUAAUGAGGCUUCUAUAAUUGGACAUGUAACUAAGAGACAACAAGAGGGAGAACAAGUAAUUGUAAGAAAUUUCUCCGAAAAAUUAGAACCAUCGAUGCGACGUUUCAUACCUCAAUUAGUAUCAAAUCUGAGUCGAACAAAAAAGAGAGUUGGAGUUCUGAUUUCGGGGAGCGGCACAAAUUUACAAGCCCUUAUAGAUGCCGUUAGAGACCCUACUCAACAUGUAGGUGCAGAAAUUGUUUUGGUGGUAUCAAAUGUUGCCAACGUUGAAGGUUUACGAAGAGCAGAAAGAGCUGGUAUAGCUACAAAGGUAAUAAACCACAAGAACUUUGGUAGCAGAGUGGAAUUUGACAUGGCUGUCAAUCAAGAACUGAUCUCCGCAGGAGUAGAAAUUGUAUGUUUGGCAGGUUUCAUGAGAAUAUUGAGCGUAGAUUUCGUCGAAAAAUGGAGAGGGCGAUUGAUAAACAUCCAUCCCGCUUUAUUGCCUCUUUUUAAAGGCACGCAUGCGCAAAGACAAGCUCUGGAGGCAGGAGUACGGGUCAGCGGAUGUACUGUACAUUUUGUUGAGCCUGAUAUUGAUGCGGGUGCGAUAAUCGUACAAGAAACAGUGCCUAUAGAGAUAUACGACACAGAAGAAACUCUGAUUGAACGUAUAAAGACAGCCGAACAUAAAGCUUAUCCCGCAGCAUUAAAGCUCUUAGCAACUGGUAAAGUGAGACUAGGCAGCGACAAGAAGAUUUUCUGGUGUUAAGAAGUACAUGCGAUAAACCUAAAGUUUAAGACUACACACAUACUUUUUAAUAAUAGUUAAACAGCCCUCAAACUGUUUUGAAUAUAUAUUUUAUUUUUUUAUAUUAUUUUUGUUAUUUUGUGAUUUACAUCAAUAUAGAUCUGAUAUUUGA